AUGUUAGAUCAAUGCGCUAAAAUAUUCAAAAAUAGUGGAAAGUUCGAAUGAAGGAAUUUUCUAUUCAAAAGUAGUCCAUCGCGAAGAACAUAGUUUUUAGAAUCACGAGUGAACGACACUCACGAAUAUUUUUUACCAAUUUUGAAGGUUACUGGCAAGCAUUCGUCUCGCGUGAUUUCAGCUUUAAAAACUUGUCGUUUUGCACGAGGAAUAUUCCCGUGGCAGAGACGUUGUAUAAUAAUUCUCGUGGUUUUUCCAGGUUGAGACAAGACAAGGGCGGCGGCGCUUGGUGCCCGAAAAAUAUGGUCACGAAGGAGGGCAAGGAGUACCUCGAGAUGAAUCUGCAUAGUCCGCGUAUACUAACGUCGACCAGAACCCAGGGCAGGUUCGGGAACGGCCACGGGGUCGAGUACACCGAAGAGUACUUCGUCGAAUAUUGGCGACCGGGGUUCAACAAGUGGGUGCGAUGGAGAAAUCGACGUGGCAUGGAGGUACGUACACACUACCUUCUGGCUGCUCGCCUGCCGAUCGAUUCGAAAGCGUUCGUACUCUCUUUUUUACGUUUCUCUCUCUCUCUCUCUCUUUUUCUCUUUUUCUACGUUUUCUUCCUGCCUCGAACUCGCGACCAUUCGACUGUCUCUUUUAUCGUCGUUAAAGAACACGACGUUCUAGGAAACGCGCGGAAUCCAUUUGAAAUUUAUCGAAUCGAUUACGCGUUCGGUUGCGCUCGCAACGAUGUCUCGUCAUGCAAUCUUGCUGGUAUGUUGAUUUUGAAGAGUUUGUUUGUAGGAAGGAGAUUGUAUUGGGAAAGGUUUUAAAUGA